CCUUCUUCUUGUAUGGCAGACACGAACAGCAGAGAAGUGCGUGUUCUGACAUUAGAAGAGCACGCAGACUACGAGACAACACUAUUCCGAUUCCAGAAAGGUGUGACGCUGCGCUUCAAGUUGUCUCCUAUUCUUCAAGCUCUGAAUGUCAACAUACGGUGUAAUCAUCCGUCUGGCGGCUCGUGGACGCUGUUUGAGAAAGAUCGUUUCCACCAAUUAGAUUGGACGAGUGAUAGUCACUGUUGGUAUGACGAUAGCGAGAGAUAUUGUGACGUGGAGAUUAGCUGUGCGGGAGCUUUCCAGUUUAUUGUGGAAUAUAGGAAGUACGAGAAAGGUGGGAGUGAGUUGGUGACCAAAAUUGGGUAUUUUCUUGUUGAUCCUACUUUGAGACUGACAAAGACAACGACUUUGCCUCUCGACUGUGUUGCUUGUCUGACUCUUUUGUCGAAGAAUCUUGGAGUUCUCACAGGAUGGAAACAGAAGUUACAGGUUGCCAAGGAGGCCGGCUACAACAUGAUCCACUUCACUCCUGUUCAGCAGCUCGGAGAAUCUCAAUCAGCUUAUUCCAUCAGCAAUCAGUUGAAAUCAAAUCCCAACUUUCACGCCAGCAAGGUCCGCCCUAAAUCUACAAAACUCGUCAAGACAUCGUCUCACCUAGGCGACAUGGGUCAUGUGAUCGAAAUGGAAGAAGGUCUGAAAAAGAUCGGCGACCUCACAGAGUCAAUCCGCAACGAAUGGGGCAUCUUAUCAAUCACAGACGUUGUGUGGAACCACAUGGCGGUUGACAGCGAUCUCCUCAAGGUUCAUCCAGAAGCCGCAUACAAUCUCAUGAAUUCUCCACAUUUACGACCAGCGUUCGCUCUAGAUCAACUUCUCUAUCAAUUCUCGCUUGACAUGGCUGCCAGAAAGUUUACAUCCGAGGGCGUGACACCACACAUUCGAUCAGAAAGCGAACUGCAUCAUGUCAUGCACGUACUAAACGAUAUAGCCAUUGUAAAGGGACGAUUGUGGGAGUAUUUCACAGUCGAUGUCGGUCAGUUGUUGAAGGAGUUUCGUAUUGCUAUUAGUGAGCAUGCAGAGAUCAUUGACAGUGAGGAUAGAGAUCGACUGACACUGCAAAUCAUACAGGAUCCUCUCUAUAGACGACACAAGUCGACGAUUGAUAUGAAAGUGGCAAUGAAGAUGUUCAACAUCACAAAGCAAUGUGGCUCUGAGAAGAGCAGAAUCGAGAUGUGCUGCUUUGAUUUCAAGCAGGCACUUGAUAAUCUCAAUUAUUCAAUGCGAUACGGAAUAGUUAAGGAUCACAUUAACAGUGCCGUACACAACGUGAUGAUGAAUGUGAAAUAUACAUUCUUGGAGUCACACGGGCCACGAAGAGGGAAGGUCACUGAAGAUGAGCCAUUGGUGCCAAGAUAUUUCAGUAACUUGGCUGGAGCUGCAUUGCUCACAAAUACGGAAAUAGAGUCAGAUGCUGGUCGUAUGGUCGUUGCUCACAAUGGAUGGGUAAUGGAUGCAGAUCCGCUUGUCAAUUUUGCAAAUCCAGGUUCGACUGUCUAUUUGCGACGUGAACUGAUUGUGUGGGGUGACAGCUGCAAGUUGAAUUAUGAAGAGAAGAGAGAUGAUUCAUUGUGGUUAUGGGAACAAAUGGAGGAAUACACACGAGUUACAGCAAGACUAUUCCAUGGCUUCAGACUUGACAACUGCCACAACACUCCCAUCCAUGUGGCGGAGCAUUUGUUAAACGUUGCACGUCAGAUGAGACCCGACUUAUAUGUGGUAGCCGAGUUGUUUACCAACUCAGAGGCCAAAGACAACAUUUUUGUCAAUCGUUUAGGCAUCAAUUCAAUGGUGAGAGAGGCUAUGUCAGCUUGGGAUUCUCAAGAGCUUGGUCGUUUGGUCUAUCGAUAUGGUGGCGAACCAGUCGGUUCAUUCAUUCAUCCUCACACCAUCCCUGUCAGUCCCAAUGUUGCUCAUGCUAUCUUUGUUGAUGCAACACACGACAACAAAUCACAGAUGGAGGUUCGUACGGCUUGUAAUGUACUUCCAAAUUCAGCUCUUGUGGCGAUGGCUUGCUGUGCGAGUGGCAGCACUGCAGGAUAUGAUUCACUUGUGCCACAUCACGUCAAUGUGGUUACCGAGAAACGCGAGUUUCCUUCAUGGAGCGAUUCAUCAAGCUUGUCAGCCAUGUCCAGCGUUGUUACUGUUGAUGAUGGAAUUAUUGCUGGAAAGAAAGCUCUCAAUGAUCUUCACUAUCAACUGGGAAUUGAUGGAUAUAACCAGGUUUUUGUUGAUCAAGUUACAGAUCACGUGAUUGCUGUCACGCGUCAUCGUCCUUCUACUCAUGAGUCCGUCAUUCUUGUUGCCCACACAGUCUUCUGGCAUCCGCCUGAGGACCAUCUAUUGACAGAGACAUCACGAGGCUACACACCUUACAUCCCACCUCUUUGUGUACAAGGGAAAGUUGAAGAAGUGAUCUUUGAGGCAAUGCUGAUGAAACUGAACAACGACAAGUUGCAAUACAAAAUUGAUACCAACUACAUCAAUGGACUGAAGUCACAUCGUCUCAUACUGAAGAAUCACAUCUCAGUUAGUGAGUCAACUGUGUGUGAUAUGGUUACAGGAUCGAGCGAUUCAAGUGCCGAUGAUUAUCAAGAAAUCAAAUUCAAACAUUUCCCGCCAGGCACUGUUGUUGCCUUCAAAGUUCGACUUUUUGGUGCUGCAGAACAAGCCAUCAUCACUCUUCGUUCUCAACUCAUCCUUCCAAUGCCGAUCUCAUCAAUAAAAGUAGAUCACACCACAAUGUGGUUCGGACCUCAGUUUGACGCACUUCUCAGUUGUUUGUCUCUCGCUGAUCUCAACUAUAUUCUCUACAAGUCGCAACCUGAGGAAAAUGAGGAUGGAAGUGGAGGCGUCUAUACAUUACAAAAUGGGCCUUUACCAUAUGCCGGAAUACAAGGUGUUAUGUCUAUUUUGAGUGUUGUUCAUCAUGACAAUGACCAGGGACAUCCGAUUUGUGACAACUUGCGAUCAGGCAACUGGCUCUUUGAGUAUGUCAGCAAUCGAUUGAAGCUCCAGAAACACAGCAGAGAAUUGGGUGAACAUUUGGAGAUGAUGUUUGAUCAACUGAAGACGCUGCCUCGCUAUCUCAUUCCGUCAUAUUUCUCGGCUAUUCUCACUGCUGUUCACGUGAAGCUGCUCAAACGAGCAUGGAAUGCAAUGUCAAUGUUUGUUUCUGAUGGCUCUUCACUAAUCAAGCAAUUAGCUCUCGGCUCUAUCCAACUCUGUGGUCACGUCUCGUCGUCUCCGCUGCCUCCUCUUGCUCCUUCUUUGAUGGUUGGACGAGAGGAUAGUGUGUUGUGUACGAUGGCUGCUGGGUUUCCGCACUUUACAACGGGAGUGAUGCGCUGCUGGGGAAGGGACACGUUCAUAUCACUGCGAGGAUUGUUGCUUGUUACUGGGCGAUACAGAGAAGCAAGAGAUCUGAUCCUCGCAUUUGCUGGAAGCCUUCGUCAUGGUUUAAUCCCAAAUCUGUUGGCUGGUGGUACAAACGCUCGCUACAACUGUCGUGAUGCUGUGUGGUGGUGGCUGCAGAGCAUCAAGGAUUACUGCAUGAUUGUUCCUCAUGGACUGUCACUUUUGUCAGAUCUUGUGUCACGGCUGUUUCCUGAUGACGACUCAGAGCCUCAAGAGCAAGGAAAAGUGGAGAUGCCUCUCUGUGCUAUCAUACAAGAAGCUCUUCAACGUCAUGCAUCAGGCAUCUCAUUCCGCGAGCGCGGUGCUGGUCCGCAUCUCGAUCACAACAUGCAUCCGAACGGAUUCAACGUUGAAGCUGGUGUCAACUUCACUACUGGAUUUAUUUAUGGUGGGAGCAUCCACAAUUGUGGCACUUGGAUGGACAAAGUGGGAGAGUCUGAUCGUGCGGGAAAUAAAGGAGUUCCUGCGACACCAAGAGAUGGUAGUGCUGUGGAGUUGGUUGGUCUCUGCAAGUCGGUCGUUCACUGGCUGUCGGAACUCAACAACAAAGGCGUGUAUAAAAACAAAGGCGUCAUGGUGCAGUUUGGCAACAAAAGUCCACGUCUGUUUACGUGGCUUCAGUGGGACAAGUUGAUUGAAGAGUCAUUUGAGCGUCACUUUUGGAUUCCAUUGGAUGAGGUUGAGAGCAGUCAUAUCGAGCAUGCUCACCUCAUCCACAGACGUGGCAUCUACAGGGACAGCGUCGGAGCAAGUCAACAGUUUGCCGACUUUCAACUUCGACCGAACUUUCCAAUUGCAAUGGUGGUGGCUCCAGAGUUGUUUGAUCCUGAACAUGCCUGGAAGGCUUUGAACGUAGUUGAGGAGAAUUUACUGGGGAAACUGGGGAUGGCUACACUUGAUCCAAAAGAUUGGGCAUAUGAUGGUGUAUAUGACAAUGGCCAAGAUUCGACGAACCGUAAAAAUGCCAGAGGCUUCAAUUAUCAUCAAGGCCCGGAAUGGCUGUGGGUGACCGGAUACUUCCUUCGAGCCAAACUCCAUUUUGCCAAAAUCAGUAGCUACAGCACUCACUUCGACGAAACCGUUGCCAUGGUGAAACGCGUUCUAUCCGCUCACCGAGAAGCCAUCCAGUCAUCACCCUACAAGGGCCUCGUUGAGCUAACAAACGCAGGAGGAGUCGAGUGUAAGGAUAGUUGUGUUGUGCAGGCAUGGUCGAUGGCUUGUACACUUGAUGUGCUUUAUGAUUUGGCUCACACGAAGACUGUGUAACGACAGAUGCUAGUGGGAACACGUUGAUAACGUGUUAUUGAUUGACAAUAGAGAAUCUGGUCGUGUUUGUUAGUAAUAGUGAGUGUACGUAAUGUGUCAUCAGUUGAUAUUUAUUCAAUCAAUUAUUGCAAAUUG